AUGGAUCCUCAUCAUGAAGCAAAAUUCCCACUGCACGAGGCAGCUCGGGAAGGCAGAACCCAAAUCGCCGAAUCACUAUUGAAUGCAAAUCCAAAACUCGCUACAAUCAAAGACGACGAUGAACGUCUCCCCAUUCACUGGGCAGCUGCCUUCAAUCGUCUUCCCGUCGUAGAGCUACUUGUAGCUCAGAAGAACUUCGACCCAGACGUGGAGGAUGGCUCCGGAUGGACCCCGCUCAUGAUUGCAGCUAGUCUCAAGAACGCUGAAGGCGACCCUAUCCUGGAACUGCUGCUGCGAAAGGGAGCAGAUGUUAGCAUCAAGAGUGGUUCCGGUCAGAACGCCCUCCAUUUCGCAACCUCCAAAGCCAAUCUCUCCACCGUCCGUACCUUACUAGCCAACAAAUGCAGUGCCAGAGUCAAGGAUCGACGGGGCCAGUUACCACUUCACCGUGCUGCUGCGAUUGGAUCCGUCCCUAUUAUCAAACUUCUCCUGGAGGAAGGGAAGAGUCCCGUCAACGCUACGGAUGUGGACGGGCUAACGGCUCUUCAUCACGCGGUUUCUGAGGGCCAUGGAAAUGCGGCGAUUACGUUGCUAAAGGCCGGUGCAGAGGCUGAUAAACAGGAUUCGGAGGGCCGACUCGCUUUGGAUAUGGCGCCUGAUGAAAUGGUCAAGAAGUAUAUCCUCCAAACAGCUGAAAGAGAGGGAAUUGAACUAUGA